UUGACGGACGGACAGGUGGAGCUCCGGUUCGACGCGCUGCUGCUGCCCGCGAUGCGAGGGGAGCCGCGGGGGAACGGUUCCAUUCAACGGUCAGACACACGGACGCGUCCCGGAGGAGGAGGAACACUCAGUGAAGGGUUAGCGUGAGAAAUGUCCGAGAGAGAGGAAGGAAAGUGCGCAGUCAUCGUUUAAUGGGAGCGGCGACCUGAGCAGAGAUGCCUGCCGACGACAAGGUCGCCAUCCUGUCCGAUGACGAGGAGGAGCAGAGUGGGAAGUACGAGCCGGCGGGCGCCGCCGCCCCUCUGCCGCCGCCGGCCGCCUCGAACGUGGCGCCGGAGCAGCCGGCGGCGGCGCUGGACUGCUGCGAGAGGAUGUGCCUCCGCAUCAACAGCCGGCUGCUGGUCUCCAAAGUCUUCUACUUCUUCUUCUUCGCCGCCUACGGCUCGCUGCACCCGCUGCUGGCCGUGUACUACAAGCAGCUCGGCAUGUCGGCCAGCCGCAGCGGGCUGCUGGUCGGCAUCCGCUACUUCAUCGAGUUCUGCAGCGCCCCCUUCUGGGGGGUGGUGGCGGACCGCUUCCAGAAGGGGAAGGCGGUGCUGCUGUUCUCCGUCGUCUGCUGGCUGAUCUUCAACUGCGGCAUCGGCUUCGUGAAGCCGGCUCAGAUGAUCUGCCAGGAGAAAGGCGUGGGCGGGGCCACGGCGGCGCCACCCACGCCCACGACGCUGCCGCCGGAUAACUCCACCCAGAUGAGCAACGCCACCGACUCCGCCAACCACACCUGGAGACGCCGGAGUUCCCUGAACCUCGAUUGGCUCCCUGAGAAGCUGGACUCGUAUUUAGACGUUCAUCACAGAAACGAGCGAAGCGUCGUCGCCAACGCCACUUCACCGCUGGAGAACACCACCCCGCCCAACACCACCCCGCCCAACACCACCCCUCUCACACUGAACACCACCCCGCCCAACACCACCCCUCUCUCACUGAACACCACCCUCUCCACCACCGAAGCCAAGGAGUACCAGAUCAUCUACAACAAGGACCAGGUGGAGAGCAUCUUCCUGCUCAUCCUGCUCCUCAUCAUCGUGGGCGAGUUCUUCACCGCCCCCACCCUCACCAUCGUGGACACCGUCACCCUGCAGAACCUGUGCAAGGCCCGCGACCGCUACGGCCUGCAGCGCAUGUGGGGCUCCCUGGGCUGGGGCCUGGCCAUGCUGCUGGUGGGCGUCUGGAGCGACCACACCUUCUUCACGGUGGAGCUGGUGGGCACCGGCUGCACCCGCCUCCGCCUGCACAACUACAAGAUCGCCUUCGUGGCCUUCGGGGUGCUGAUGGCCGUGGCGUUCGUCGUCGCCACCCAGUUUCACUUUGGGAACGGCGUGGACCGCCAGGAGGGCGCGGUGGAGGAGGCGGGGCCCCCGAGAGCGGCGCCCGAGGGCCCGAGUCCCGCCGAGGCGGCGCAGGAGUUCCACUACAGCGACCUGCUGAGGAUCCUGUGCAGCGUGCGCUACAGCUCCGUGCUCUUCGUCGCCUGGUUCAUGGGCUUCGGCUACGGCUUCGUCUUCACCUUCCUGUACUGGCACCUGGAGGACCUGCAGGGGACCACCACGCUGUUCGGGGUCUGCUCCGUCGUGAGCCACGUGUCCGAGCUCGCCGCCUACUUCUCCAGCCACAAGUUGAUCGAGCUGGUCGGACACAUCCGGGUGCUGUACAUCGGGCUGGCCUGCAACACCAUGCGCUACCUGUACAUCUCCUACCUGAAGAACGCCUGGACCGUGCUGCCCAUGGAGGUCCUUCAAGGUGUGACCCACGCCUCGGUUUGGGCCUCCUGCAUCUCCUUCCUGAGCGCGGCGGUGCCUCCGGCCCUGAGGACGUCGGCGCAGGGCAUCCUGCAGGGCCUCCACCUGGGCCUGGGCCGCGGCUGCGGCGCCAUGGUGGGCGGCGUGUUCGUCAGCUACUGCGGCGCUGCGGCGGCGUUCAGGGGCAUCGGCAUGGUGUCCCUCGUCAUCCUCCUCGUCUUCGCUCUCAUCCAGUGUCUGACUGGAGAGGAUGAGGGGAAAGAGGACAAGAUGCUGGCGGAGAACGUCCCGGUUCCCUCCAGCUCGGUUCCCAUCGCCACCAUCGACCUGGUGCAGAGCCGGUCCGCCGCCGGUAGCCCCGCCCCCGUUCGCAGGGCGGCGGCGUCGCCGGCGAGGAAGACCAAACACCAGGAGGACCAGGAGGACGUGAGCCGGCCGGCCUGGGUGCUCUCCGGCGCCCCCUGGGUCACCGUGGCCUUCGCCAUCGUGCAGCUCAGAGAGAUGAUGAGCGCCGAGAAGAGCCGGGCGCCAGAGAGCCGGACGCUGCAGGCACCUAAUGAUCAGGCGGCGGCGGGCGACGGCGGCACAGAAACACCCACGCAGCCGAACCCCGCAGACUAACAAGGACUCAAAACAAACGCACCCGUCAGACGCAGCUCCACAAACACUUUGAUUGUAAAGCGUGUACGUAUGUUUCAUGAGGUGAGACACAGGGGUGAGACGGGUGAGAGACAGGUGAGACACAGGAGAGAGACAGGUGAGACACAGGGGUGAGACACAGGUGAGAGACACAGGGGUGAGACAGGAGAGAGACAGGUGAGACACAGGUGAGACACAGGGGUGAGACAGGGGUGAGACAGGAGAGAGACAGGUGAGACACAGGUGAGACACAGGGGUGAGACACAGGGGUGAGACACAGGGGUGAGACAGGAGAGACAGGAGAGAGACACAGGGGUGAGACAGGUGAGACAGGAGAGAGACACAGGGGUGAGACAGGUGAGACAGGAGAGAGACACAGGGGUGAGACAGGUGAGAGACAGGUGAGAGACACAGCGGUGAGAUGGGUGAGAGACAGGAGAGAGACAGGUGAGAGACACAGGGGUGAGACGGGUGAGAGACACAGGGGUGAGACAGGAGAGAGACACAGGGGUGAGACAGGAGAGAGACACAGGGGUGAGACAGGAGAGACAGGAGAGAGACACAGGGGUGAGACAGGAGAGAGACACAGGGGUGAGACAGGAGAGAGACACAGGGGUGAGACAGGAGAGACAGGAGAGAGACACAGGGGUGAGACAGGAGAGACAGGAGAGAGACACAGGGGUGAGACAGGAGAGAGACACAGGGGUGAGACACAGGGGUGAGACGGGUGAGAGACAGGAGAGAGACACAGGGGUGAGACAGGAGAGAGACAGGUGAGAUGUGGCUGUUUUCCUCUCGGAGGUGGUCGAAUCCGACACACCUGUUGGCGCCGUGCACCUUAUUUCACUUCAGUUAUUUAAUACCUGAAGUUAAAAAAAGUGAUGAAAUGGAGAUUUUAGAAUCUUUUAAUUCAACUUGAACACAUUAAAGUGCUUUUUAUUUAUUUUGUAUUUUCUGAGGUUAUUCUCUGAAACUGAUGAUCACAUUUUAGAGAUGUUUUUAAUUGCAGCAGUAAUUUGACGGAAUAUAAACACAUAAAUCCUGCUCUCUAAUCUCAUAUAUGGAUUUGGUUAUUAUUGAGUUCCUUUCCUCAUUUCCUCAUCUCCUUUCCUCUGUGGCCUUUUGGGGAACUGAGAUUCCUUUUGUUCCAGAUUUCAUCAGAGUUAAUAUAUUCUAUGAUUUGCUGAAGAAGUGCCUCUUCCUGUUGUCGUUGUUCUAACUUAUUGUUAUUAUUAUGGGAUAUCAGACUGACGGUCUUCUCUUCAUUGGUUUUUUUUCUGUCUUCAUGCCAAACUAUUCUCAGUAUUCUGUUUCUGUCAAUUAAACAAUUAAAGAAGGUUUUCUUUCCCUCAAA